CGCUUUCCACGGCAAGAACUCGUCUAUCAGUCAUUCAUUCAUAUUUCAUACCAAGGUCAUUUUUAAGUUAUCAUCCCAAAGUUGCGGAACUAUAUUUUGUUUAUAUUUAUACUCAUAUAUAUCUCUCAUUUUUUGGUGUUAUUUAUUUAAAUACGUACAUAUUCUUAAUAUAUUGUCUCUGUUAUAUACCCUUACUUACAUCUACCAACAUGCCAGUCCCUUCGUCUGAAUAUGUAAGCAAUGUAUGGAAACAAGGGAUCUUCGAUGGUCGUGUCGUAUUCGUCACUGGCGGUGCCGGGUCAAUUUGCAGUGCGCAGACAAGAGCUCUAGUUCACCUCGGAGCUAAUGCGUGCAUCAUCGGCCGUAACCAGGAGAAGACAGAUGCGGCUGCCAAAGAUAUUGCGACCUCCAGAGAGGGCGCAAAGGUCAUCGGAAUUGGCGGCUGUGACGUCAGAAAUCCCGAUGAUCUAGUCAAGGCUGCUGAGCGAUGUGUCAAGGAGCUUGGCGCCAUCGACUAUGUUAUAGCUGGUGCUGCCGGCAAUUUCGUAGCCCCUAUUUCAGGCCUCACCUCCAAUGGUUUCAAAACAGUCAUGGAAAUUGAUGUACUUGGGACUUUUAACACCGUCAAGGCCACAAUACCGUAUCUUAUUGAAUCAGCCGCAAGGAACAAGGGGAGCCCAGGCGGGGUGACAGGAGGGAGAAUCAUUUACGUAUCCGCCACAUUCCACUAUACCGCGAUGCCUAUGCAGGCACACGUCAUGGCUGCGAAAGCAUCGGUCGAUUCGAUUAUGGCGUCAGUAGCUGUAGAGUACGGACCAUAUGGAGUUACAUCGAACGUCAUCGCUCCUGGUGGUAUUGGGGGGACAGAGGGGAUGGAGAGGCUUUCAAGUAGCCGGGCAGACAUAAAUACAGCCGCCUCUGGCAUCCCCCUUGGUCGGUUCGGUUUUGUCAAGGAUAUCGCAGAUGCGACUGUGUACCUCUUCAGCGAUGCGGCCAAUUACGUAUCCGGAGAGGUUCUUGUUGUGGACGGCGCCGACUGGAGGAAUAAGGGAAUGGCCGUUGGUAUUGACGCCGACAUGAAAUACCCGGACUUCCUACUCAAGGGCGAAUUCUCUAAAUAUGUUAAGAGCGGUAGGAAGGAGAAGCCGAAGCUUUGAGUGUUUUUUGUCGAGACUACAAUUUCUUGGGUGGCUUUCUGAUGUAGCGAGAAUUAUAUUCAAAGCGGAGCGGACCAGAUGACUGUAAUCAAGGGAUUAGGUAUUUGUAAAUUGUAUUAUAUUUAUUGUUCGUUUUGAUCAGUUGAUCGAUAUAUACUUAGGUAGCUAGGAGCCAUAAAAUAGGAAACAGGAAAUAGGAAAUAGGAGUUGGAAUAU